AUGGAUAGACAAUCGGUUUACUCAUCGCACGUCUUCCCGGCGACGUUCGACCAGAACGAUGACACCAGGGUCCAGACCCAGACCCAACUAGAGAAUUUCAUCCUCCAUUUCCGGCACGACAACGACUACAUCUACAGAAACCAACUCAAGGAGAAUGCUCUCCUCAAAAAGCACUACUGCGAUGUCGACAUUAGCGACCUCAUCAACUACAACGAGGAGCUCGCGCAUAGACUAGUGACAGAGCCCGCCGAAAUAAUUCCCUUGUUCGAGGCUGCCCUCAAGAAAUGUACACACCGGAUCGUCUAUCCUCAACUGACGAAGGUCGACUUGCCGGAACACCAACUCCUGCUCCACUCCAAUGCCGAGGAUGUGUCAAUCCGCAACCUAGACUCCAUGACAAUUUCGCGCCUCGUUCGAGUGCCGGGCAUUGUUAUUGGCGCAUCUGUCAUGUCCUCGAAAGCCACCGAACUGGCCAUACAAUGCCGUAAUUGCGCCUAUUCCACGACAUUGCCCGUGCUAGGAGGCUUCACUGGCGUGACACUCCCGAGGCAGUGCGGCAGAAACAGAAUACCCAAUGACCCCACACCGAAAUGCCCUCUCGAUCCAUACUUUGUGUCACACGAGAAGUCGAGAUUUGUCGACCAGCAAAUCAUCAAACUACAAGAGGCUCCAGAUCAGGUUCCUGUCGGUGAACUCCCGAGACACGUCUUGAUUUCGGCGGAUCGCUACUUAACCAAUCGCGUCGUUCCUGGUUCGAGAUGCACAGUUAUGGGCAUUUUUUCCAUUUACCAGAACAAGGCCACCAAGAACUCAAGCACUGGUGGCGCGGUCGCUAUCCGUACACCGUACCUGAGGGCCGUGGGUAUCCAGACGGACAUGGACCAGACCGCACGGGGCCAGGCUCUCUUCUCCGAUGAGGAAGAGCAAGAGUUCCUCGAGAUGAGCAGGCGGCCCGACUUGUACAACAUCAUGGCGGACUGCAUAGCGCCAUCUAUCUACGGCAAUGUAGAUAUCAAAAAGGCCAUUCUGUGCUUACUUCUCGGCGGCUCGAAGAAGAUUCUACCCGACGGUAUGAAACUCCGUGGAGACAUCAACGUUCUGCUCCUUGGUGAUCCUGGUACCGCCAAGUCACAACUUUUGAAGUUUGUGGAGAAGUGUGCGCCCAUCGCCAUAUACACAUCCGGAAAGGGCUCUUCAGCAGCUGGUCUCACGGCCUCCGUGCAGCGUGAUUCCUCAACUCGCGAAUUCUAUCUCGAGGGAGGUGCCAUGGUCCUAGCCGAUGGCGGUGUCGUCUGCAUCGACGAAUUCGACAAGAUGCGUGAUGAGGACCGUGUGGCCAUCCAUGAGGCUAUGGAACAGCAAACCAUCUCCAUCGCCAAGGCGGGUAUCACUACAAUCCUCAAUGCGAGGACUUCAGUGCUCGCUGCGGCCAACCCAAUUUUCGGUCGUUACGAUGACAUGAAGACUCCCGGCGAGAACAUUGACUUCCAGACCACCAUCUUGUCACGAUUCGAUAUGAUCUUCAUCGUCAAGGACGAACACACGAGAGAGAAGGAUGAGAGAAUAGCGAAACAUGUCAUGGGCAUCCACAUGGGCGGGCGAGGCGUCGAAGAACAGGUCGAGUCUGAGAUCCCCGUGGAAAAGAUGAAGCGGUACCUUAGCUACUGCAAGUCACGGAUGGCUCCUCGUCUCAGUCCCGAAGCAGCUGAGAAGCUCUCUUCACACUUCGUUUCCAUCCGCAGACAAGUUCACGCCGCCGAGAUGGAAGCCAACACAAGGUCUUCUAUUCCUAUUACGGUUCGUCAGCUCGAGGCCAUCGUUCGUAUCACCGAAUCACUGGCCAAGUUGACGCUGUCUCCCAUCGCAAUGGAGGAGCACGUAGAUGAGGCCAUCAGACUCUUCCUCUGUUCCACGAUGGAUGCCGUCAACCAGGGCAGCAACCAGGGAAGCAAGGAGCUCAAUGAGGAAGUCAGCAGAUUGGAGACAGAACUCAAGCGUCGUCUCGCUGUAGGAUGGGGCACGAGUCUGGCGAGUCUGCGACGCGAAAUGGUCGAACAAAAGGGCUACAGCGAGCAAGCUCUCAACAGGACGCUGAUGAUCAUGCAGAGGAGGGAUACAAUCAUGUUCCGGAACCAGGGAGCGCAGGUAUACAGGAAUGCGAUUUGA